CUUUUAGUCCACCUCGGAGUUCUUCUAACUCCACUAAUUCCCUUGGCCUUGCAUUGACCCAGAGAAACGGUAAUUUACUACCUUUCGCCCCUCAUUUUCCUGCUUUCCCCGCUGGGCCAAAUCUUAGCCGUUGUUGGGUCGCUUCUGCUUGCUUUUACUGUAGCUUAGUUAUAUUAUGCCUCUUGCCGGCUGACUGCACCCUGCAUGAUUUUCCAGCCUUGGCUCUGUCGUUUCUUCCGGUCGUGCAUCCUAUAAACAUUCUCUCUUUCCCUCUUCGUUCCCUUCUAGGUCCAAGUUGACUACAUCCAAUCCUAGACGUUCAUUUCCUUGCAUCACUUCUCAACACCACAUCAUCACCACCCCAUUUCACCAUCCCCACUACAUCACCACCUCAUCAUCCUACUACACCACCCUUUCAAACCAGGCUACCUCUUUACAAUCAGCCAUGUUGUUUCGCUUCCUGUCCGUGACAGGUGCUCUCUGUCUCAGCAGCUGUGCUGCUGCUGCCAGCGUGCCUUACUCCUACAUCAGCUCACCCCGCUCAGCCAGCGCCCAUCAAAUCAAUCUGCCUGCUGUGCCGUGUGCCUUUUCCGAUUCCAGUUGCAAUGAAGCCCUUGAUUCCAUUGCACACCUCACUAUCGACUUUUCCACGCAAAAUGGUGUCUUGCUGGCCAACAAACAGCCCAUCUUCCCCGCUUCCGUGCCAAUGCAAUUCUCCGUGGACCGCAAAUGGGACGCCCAGAAGCAAUCUGUCUCCGUCGCGUAUGCAUUGGAUGUGCGACCGCUGCCUGCCCACCCUGGCGCCCCCGUGGGCGAUGUUUACCACCUAAAGCUCCGACUUUUCGAUCUGCAUGGUCGCCCCGUCACCCACCACGCUGUGGCCAUCGGUCUGGUCCGCGAUGCCGUUGGCAACCUCCAAAUCACCGUGAUCGACCCCAACUCCAGCCGUGAGCACGGCCACGGCAACAAGAUCUGGCGCAUGAAGCAGUGGAAGUCGCAGGUCGAAUCCUACGUCCAGAACGCCAAGGAAGCCGUAACCGACUGCCUGAAGACGACUCCUUUCUCCCACCCUCACCACGAGCACGAGCACGAGCACGAGCACGAAGGGCACCGCCCCGACCACUCCUCCGCCCCGGCUUCUGCUGCCGCUGAAAUCUCCCACGAGAAGUCCGCAUCGACCAAGUAUCCUCCCAUGUUCCGCACCAGUCACAACGGACAGUUCUUCUGGACCGGCCGGGAGCGCGGUGUGCUGAGACAGAUCCGCGCCAUCAUUUUCCCUGCGCUUCUCGGAGUCGUUGCCGGAGGCGUCGCCUGCGUGAUUGGAUUCAUCCUUGGCCGGACGAUCAUCUCCGUGUACUUCUGGGCACAGAGCCGCCGUCGACAGCCCCAGGUUCCCAUCAUCGUUAUCGAAAAAGACGAGCCGCUCGACGAGAAGGAGGUGCUAAUGGAGCGGUACAGCGACUUCGAUCCUGAAGCCAACAUCCCCCGUGAUUAACUACUACAUUUCUUAUUUCUUUUUCACUCUUUCCCACUCCAUUUCCUAAUUUUUUCCUUGUCCUGUCUAUGAAGAUAUCCAAUGUAGCAUGUUUAUCGUUUCCUAGCAUACGCAUCUGAAUGAAAGCGAACCUUUUCCAAGCCUAAGUUGCACUU